CCACCGCACAAUCGCAAUGGAAGAACGUCACUUUGUUCAACUACUCCAACUUGGAUUAUCUGACUUUUAGUAUCGCUUUUCACCAUCGGGGAAACUAAAGAGACUAUCGGACACGGGCUAAUGAACAUUAAUCCCGAAACAACGGAGUUUAAGCUUCCCUACCCGUGAAACUCUAAUCUGGACACAAGACAAUGCACAGACAUUUCUGGACUUGUUCAGUUGAUGUAUAGUUGUUUAAGUGACGUUACUUGCAAAAACGUAAUUCCGUUACCUUAUCGACUUUACGUUAUUUGUGGCAAGUGAUUUUUAAAAGCCACUAUACUUUCAUGUUAAUAUUUACCCCUCGUGCGACGCUGGGACGCUGUCUGUUACUUAAGGCUUGACUACAACUCCAGCCCGCGGCUCUGAAACUGGCCCACAUUGAGACACCUUUGUCUUUUAGGGACCUUUAGUUCAGUUUAGAAAUGACGGCGCACCUUAAAAGAAGGAGUCGGAAGCGUUAGCGGAAAUGUACAGGUUUGAAAAAGCAGACCUCUUGUGUUACUUGUGAACGCACGCGGACAGAAUGGCGUCUUAUGUGGAUAAUAGUUUUCGGCACGCGAUCGUGAAGAAUCCUGCCGACAGGACGCAACAGGAUCUCCAGAUUGUGUACUCGUACCUCCAUGGGAUGGAAGCACUGUCCAACCUAAGGGAGCACCAGCUCAGGUUGAUGUGUGAGACGGUUCGAUAUGAACAACAUGAUGCCAAUGAGGUUUUAUACUAUCCUGAUGACAUUGGGACAUGCUGGUAUAUCCUCUUGUCCGGUUCAGUAUUUAUAAAGGAGUCCAUGUUUCUGCCACGCAGCAGUUUUGGUAAGCGUUCUGCGGGUAGUAUGCGUCGUGGUUGUGAGUGUAUCGUCCUUGAGGCUUCAGAAAUGAUUGUGGUGGACUACAUAGACGACAAUGACGAGUAUUUCCAAAGGCAAGCCUCUCAUCGUCAGUCCAGGAGAAGGUUCCGGAAAAUAAACCAGCGUGGAGAGCGACAGACUAUUAUCGAUACGGUUGAUCAUUAUCCUGUCAGCAAGCCCCCUAUGCCACCUGGAUACCACUCGGAAUGCUCCAAAUCCCAGCUUCCUGCAGAUUUUUCAAAGCUUCAGCCCUCCGACAGUUGCCACUCCCAUAUGACUUCCAGCCAGUCACGUUCCAGCAUCACCAGUGAUUCAGGAAGUAGCAGCCUAUCAGACAUUUACCAGGCCACUGAAAGUGAGUGUGGAGACAUGGAUCUCAGCGGGCUUCCUGAAACAGCGGUGGACUCUGACGAGGAUGAUGACGAUGAAGACGUAGGAAGGGGAACCGACCCUCUCAUGAGUCGGGAUAUCGUGAGAGACUGUCUGGAGAAAGAUCCCAUGGACCGCACAGAUGAUGACAUUGAGCAGUUACUGGAGUUUGUACAGCAGCUUCCAGCAUUUGCUACUCUGAGUGUUUCAGUACGGAGGGAACUUUGUGCUGUGAUGGUGUUUGCGGUCGUGGAACGAGCUGGAACAGUUGUACUCAAUCAUGGUGAAGAACUGGACUCAUGGUCAGUCAUUCUGAAUGGAGCUGUAGAGGUAAUCUACCUUGAUGGCCACUGUGAAAGUGUGUGUAUGGGUGGAAGUUUUGGCAUCUCCCCUUCUAUGGAGAAACAGCUGAUGACUGGAGUCAUGAGGACCAAAGUGGAUGACUGUCAGUUUGUAUGUAUUGCACAGCAGGACUACUGCUGCAUUCUGAAUCAGGUUGAGCAGAACACACAGCGUGUGGAGGAAGAGGGUGAAAUUGUCAUGGUGAAAGAACACCGAGAACUCGACCGGACGGGUACCCGAAAGGGACACAUUGUUGUAAAGGGUACGGCUGAGAGGCUGAUGCAGCACUUAGUAGAGGAUCAUUCAGUUGUUGACCCUACAUAUAUUGAGGACUUUCUGUUAACCUAUCGUACCUUUCUGCCCAGUCCUCUGAUUUUGGGACAGAGACUUCUGGACUGGUUUAAUGACCCCUGUUUACGGGACAAGGUUACUCGAGUUGUGUUAUUAUGGGUUAACAAUCAUUUUAGUGACUUCGAGGGAGAUUCUGAUAUGACCAGUUUCUUGGAGGAGUUCCAAAACAAUCUGGAAAGAGAGAAAAUGACAGGUCAGUUACGGCUGCUCAACAUAGCUUGUGCUGCUAAAGCCAAACCAAGAGUAAUUACAAUAACAAGGUCUGCUCGAGAGAUGCCCCUCCCCUUUACACUUAUUGGAGGAGCUGAACGGGGGACACGCCUCUUUAUCAGCAGUGUAGAGGUGGGCAGCAAGGCAGAGGAGGCGGAGCUUAAACGUGGAGACCAGAUAUUGGAGGUGAAUGGGCAGACGUUUGAGAAUGUACAGUUGUCCAAAGCAAUUGAAAUUCUCAGGAACAACACACAGCUGUGUAUGAGUGUCAAAACCAACCUCCUGGUCUUUAAGGAGUUGGUGGCCAGGGUGGCAGAGGAAAGGAAAAAUGGUGUUCCUCAUCUUCCAAAGAUUGGUGACGGAAAGAAAAGUACCCGUUACUCUGUACCUGAACUUGGGGUUGGUUCUGAUGCCUUGGGUCAAGAGAAGGUCAGCAAGAAGGUCAAAGCUCAUACAGUGGGCGGCAGAAACAAAUUGCUGAAGAUUCUAGACAAGACACGCAUGAGCAUCCUACCUCAGAAACCUUACAGUGACCUCGGUUUGGGGCAGACUCAAGAUGACAGCAUUGUGGGAUUACGACAGAACAAACAGGCUCCGCCCACUAUGCUAGUCAGUGGAAAUCUCUCAUCCAGUAACCCUGACCUGGCCCAAGGCCAACAACGCAUCAUCGACUACAGUACACAGCCCCAAGAAUUGCAAGACCAGGUGCUGCGUGUUUUCAAGGCAGACCAACAAAGUCGUUACCUUUUGAUCAAUAGAGACACUACAGCGAGAGAGACAGCCAAUCACGCGAUUCGAGAGUUUGGCCUGACUGCAAGUCCUGAAGCCUUUUCACUCUGUGAGGUGUCGGUCACUCAAGAGGGAGUUAUCAAACAGAGACGACUUCCUGAUCAACUCUCCAAACUUGCCGACAGGAUACAGCUUAGUGCCAGGUAUUAUCUGAAGAACAACAUGGAGACCGAGACACUGUGUUCCGAUGUUGAAGCACAGGAGAUGCAGCGAGAAUCUCUGGUCUCUCUUUUAUCCCUGAGCUCCAUGGAGAUAGCCAAUCAGCUGUCAGCACGCAACUAUCUGCUCUUUUCAAGCAUUGAACCAACUGAUUACAUCGUUGACCUUUUCAAGCUCCGCCCUCAGGAGCCUCCUACCAACCUGCGCAACUUUGAAGGUCUUGUAAACCAGGAGACCUUCUGGGUCGCCACAGAGGUAGUAGUGGAAAGCAACCUGGCCAAAAGAGUGAAGAUCAUCAAGCACUUCAUAAAGAUUGCCCUUCACUGUCGCGACUGCAAGAACUUUAACUCCAUGUUUGCCAUUAUCAGUGGGUUCAAUCUAGCACCUGUCUCUCGGCUGAGAUCUACAUGGGAGCGGUUGCCUGGAAAAUACGUGAAGCUUUUGGCAGAAUUGCAAGACGUGUUCGACCCUUCGCGCAACAUGGCCAAAUACCGCAACCUCCUCAACAAACACAACUUGCAGCCGCCAGUCAUCCCUCUGUUUCCUGUCAUCAAGAAAGACCUCACCUUCCUCCAUGAGGGCAACAACUCUAAGGUGGACGGUCUGGUGAAUUUUGAGAAGUUGAGGAUGAUUGCGCGAGAGAUCAGACAUGUGGUUCGAAUGGCUUCCAUAACAAUGGAUCCUGCAUUGCUCUUUAAGACUAGGAAGAAAAAGUGGAGGAGUCUAGGAUCUCUGAGUCAGGUGAGCAGCUCAACUCUCUCUGACAUUGGCACAAUGGGCGGCAAGAGGAAAGGGAGGCGGGGCUCUUUUCUCAGUGCUAAAAAACUCUAUGAGGUGGAGAUAAUGAGCAGACAGGUGCGCCAGUAUCUGGAUACUCACACUCAUGAGAGUGAUGAGGACACACUCCAUGGACUUUCCUUGAAGUGUGAGCCUGCCAACAGCUCAACCAUGAAGACCUCAGGUGAAAGGAGAAGAGUGGAUGCAUCUCCUGUCAGUCAAAGAAGUUCCACUCCUCGGCAGCCAAAUGGAAAUCCCGGUCACAAAAAAUCAGCUGGCAAAGAGUUACCGCCAUUUGGUGCCCAUUCUCCUCAUUCUCUCCAUAAGAUUGUGUCUCUCUCAGAAGAUGGGCGGGACAGACAACGAAAGCCACCUGAGGACAGCCAAUCAAAUGCUUCAUCUAUAUUCUCCUCUCCGCAUACCUCACCUCACAGUACACUUAGAAAAGCCCCACAAUUAGUAGUGAGUGAAGCAUCAGAUCAGCUGUUAAGUUCUUCCUCUUCCGAUCUUAUCAUGGCUGGUGACCACAUGCAUACUCAAGCCCAUACGCUUACACACCCUCUCAACAUGCGUAGGACAGAGCCUGACCAAAUAAGCCUGGGGUCCUACUCCCUGACUCAGGAUCAGUGUGACCGCACGUCGUUGGAUGCUGCAGACAGCGGGCGUGGCAGCUGGACAUCCUGCUCUAGUGGUUCCCAUGACAACAUCCAAAGUAUCCCACAGCGUGUCUGUUAUGAUGACAACCGCAGCUGGGAGACACUGUUAGACGGAAUUGGGCGUAGCCACAUGACCACACCUAAUGGUUACUGGGGUGAUGAAUUGGAAGGAGACACGGGAACGAUAAAGCGAAGAGGUGGAAAAGAUGAGACUCCAAAUGCAAACAAGAGUAUUGUGAGUCGAAAGGAGGGGCAAUUUAGAGAGCCCCCGCCCACACCUCCAGGUUAUACUGCACUUUCAUUAGCAGACAGCCACAAUCAUGGUCACGGGCGGCGCCCACCAGACUACACAGCAGCAUUGCAGAGGUCUCGCUUCCUCAAAAGGUCAUGUGAGCCUCCACCAUUACACCCAUCCAGUAGAUUACCAGCAUACGCCCACUGCCAGUCACCACGACAACCACAACAGGACGAAAACGAGCAGAUAUCUGCAGUUUAAACAGUGACACUUCCUAUAUCUCUGCCUCAGUGUUUUACAACAAACAGUUGAUACAACAGAUGAUGUGGAGGCUUGGCCAAAAAAUGUAUCACAGCCAACCAUUUCAGGUCUUUAUGAAGAUCACUGUGAAAGAAGAAAGGAGCCGUGAAAAUGUUGGGACUUUUAACAGUGUUCUUCAAAACAAAAGAAAGAAGGAAACAAAAUCAAUCAAAGCAUAAUAAAAUGAAGCUCAAUGUCUCAUUUUAUAUUGCCCAUGAUGCAAUGUCAGUGUUAUUUUAUUUCUUUUUUUAAGUCUACCAUGUAACUUUAGUAUGCAUGUUUAAGUGUGAAACUGAAUGUGUGUGUGUGUGUGCAUGAGAGAGGGAGGGUUGAUGUAGCCCUUUUUCAGACACUUGAAGACAGAAACUAAAGACUGAGAAGCUGCCUCUUACAGACCUCAAUAGUCUCAGACAUCUCCCUGUGCUUGUAUCAGUGUUUAAUGUUACUAAUGAUUUUAUGUCUUUUCUCAUCUGAUCAUGUUCCUGACAACUUUCCAAAUGUUGCCACAAGCUUUUGUUUGAAAAGAUUUUAUGUUUUGUAUUUUAAUUUAAAUUGUAUCUGUCAAUUCCAUAUUUUGGCUAUUCAAAUGAUAUAUGGCACAAAUCAUGAAUUGUUGCACAAAUUUUCAAAGCAAGAGAUUUUUGUAGAUGUAUUAUAGUUGUUACAUAGAUGAUAGGUGGUCAUAAUAUGGUCAGUAAAUAGUUACAUCAGUAUAUUUUACUUUUUUGAAUGUCUUUUGUCAUUUGUCCAAUGUGUAUGUAUCACUUAUAGCUCCUUGUGUUUCUACCCAGUCAAAUCUAUACCACAUGUACUUAUGUCUUUUAAAAAGGCAACUGGCAAAGUCUGUAACUACUUUUAUAUUUUUAAAACAAUUAUUGUAAAUAUUGGUUAUAUUUUGUUAAUGAUUUCAGAGACCUGUACUGUUUGUUGGACACAAUUCAGCUGCAAAUGACUGAGGAAAAAUAUACAAUGUAGCAAUGAGUGUUGUUCCUAUUAAAGAAAUCUCGUCUUGUCUAUACAUAAUAUGAUAUUUGACUAGUUUGGCUCCAACUUUGUGUUCAGCUCUACUAUCUUUAAUGUGGGCAGGUUUACACAGCAUAUCUUCAAGAGAAAUGGGGGAAAAAGGGCUCAAAGUUUGAAUUGAAGUAUACGCAGUGUAUCAUCAUAACCAUGUGAGCAUAAUUAGUAUAUGCUCAAUAUAAACUCUGCAAAAAAUAAACAUCCCUUUAUCAGGACACUGUACUUUUAAAGAUAUUUUUGUAAAAAUCCAAAUAAUUUUACAGAUCUUUCUUGUAAAGGGUUUAAACAAUGUUUUCCAUGCUUGUUCAAUGAACCAUAAACAAUUAAUGAACAUGCACCUGUGGAACUGUAAUUAAGACACUAACAGCUUGCUUACUUAUGGUCACAGUUUAAAAAAAAACUUAGGACACUAAAGAGACCUUUCUACUGACUCUGAAAAACACCAAAAGAUAGAUGACCAGAGUACCUGCUCAUCUGCAUGAACAUGCCUUAGGCAUGCUGCAUGGAGGCAUCAGGACUGCAAAUGUGGCCAGGGCAAUAAAUUGCAUGUGACAUGCCUACGACAGCACUACAGGAAGGACAGCUGAUCGUCCUCGCAGUGGCAGACCAUGUGUAAAAACACCUGCACAGGAUCAGUACAUCCGAAUGGCAACAACAACUGCCCGAGUUACCAGGAACUCACAAUCCCUCCAUCAGUGCUCAGACUGUCCGCAAUAGGCUGAGAGAGGCUGGACAAACGCACCUUCGCCUGACCAGACAGCACUGGCAAAAAGUGCUCUUCACUGAGGAGUUGUUGUUUUGUCUCACCAGGGGUGAUUGUCGGACUCACGUUUAUCAUCGAAAGAAUGAGCAUUACGCUGAGGCCUGUACUCUGGAGCGGGAUCAAUUUGGAGGUGGAGGGUCACAGCAUUAUCGGACUGAGCUUGUUGUCAUUGCAUGCAAUCUCAGUGCUGUGCGUUACAGGGAAGACAUCCUCCCUCAUGUGGUGCUCAUCCUGAUAUGAUCCUCCAGCAUGACAAUGCCACAGCCAUACUGCUCGUUCUGUGUGUGAUUUCCUACAAGACAGGAAGGCCAGUGUACUGCCAUGGCCAGCGAAGAGCCCAAAUCUCAAGCCAAUUGAGCGCAUCUGGGACCUGUUGGAUUGGAGGGUGAGGGCUAGGGCCAUUCCCCUCAAAAAUGUCCAGGAACUUGCAAAUGCCUGGGUGGAAGAGUAGGGUAACAUCUCACAGCAAGAACUGUCAAAUCUGGUGCAGUCCAUGAGGAGAUGCACUGCAGUACUUAAUGAAGCUGGUGGCCACGCCAGAUACUGACUGUUACUUUUGACCCCCCCCCCUUUGUUCAGGGACACAUUAUUCCAUUCCUGUUAGUCACAUGUCUGUGAAACAUUUUCAGUUUAUGUCUUAGUUGUUGAUUCUUUUUGUUUAUACAAAUAUUUGCACAUGUUAAGUUUGCUGAA